AUGGCAGCAGCUUUUCCUCUUCUCGCUUCUCAGUUGUUUCCUCCCAAUAGUUAUGAGCAAAAGCAGGCAGUCCAGAGCAAUCUAACGGUUGAGCAGCGUUUGGACCUACAGGAUGCACAGUUGUCAGAUAUGAAGUUGCAGUUAGAGACGUUUUAUAAGCUAAUGCAGCCGGUCUUUCAGCAGCAGCAGCAACAGCAUCUUAAAGAACUUCAGAAGCAACAGCGUCAGCAAGAGUUGGAACAGCAGCGCAAACAAAAGAAACUUCUGCAACAACAGCAACUUCGACAACAGAAACGUCUGCAACAGCAGCAGCAGCAGCAACAGCAGCAACGUCAGCAAAAGCUGCAGGAGCAACGUCGACAACAGCAACGUCAGCUAGAGCUGCUGGAGCUACGUCAACAACAGCAACGUCAGCAAGAGCUGCUGGAGCUACGUCAACAACAGCAACGUCAGCAAAAACUGCAAGAGAAACGUCAGCAGCAGCAGCAGCAAAAGCAGCAUUUGCAAAAACUUCAA